GGUGGCCGCCUGGGUUCGGAGGUCCUGAUGUGGGUGGCGUCUAGCCAUGUCCCUGCGAACCUUGUGCAUGGGUGCCUGCGGGUGCCGGGACCUGGUGUCUCCUCCAAGAGCUCCGUGCACUCUGGGUUACAUGGCGUGGUCUGAGCCUGGUAGGCGGUGCACCCUUGGAGGAUCUGGGAAAGCCAUGAACUAGUGCCCCCCAAACUGUAUAUACAAAUGAAAUUUCCCAUGUGAUGUUUAUGCGGUUCUCAGGCCCCCAGACAGCCAGGACCCAAAAGUGGUUCUUAAUGGCAGUAAUGCCCACAUCAGGAACAAGUGUUCCCCUCCUGCCCUGCAGCACAGGCAGCAGCGGGGGCUGGGGAGCUGUGCUGCAGCCCCACGCAGGCCACAUCUGGCCUGUCAUCUUCAUCUUCAUCUCCCAAUGAGGAAACUGAGGCACCGAGAGGAAGGCGCCCUUCGAGGUGGCAGGAACAGUCUCCCCCAGGCCCCCACCAUGUGGACCUCCCAGCCUCCUCUCCUCGCCGUGCUCCGGAGCCUGACCUCGGCCCCAACAUCACCGCCCUCUCUAUUGUCCCGUCCCCAUCCUCCCCGCCUCCCCUCUCUAGGAAUCCCUGGGGUGUGGAGUCUUCAUCCCACGCCGCCCUGUCCCUGUGUCCACCCUGCCCACCCCACCUUCUGAGCCACUUGGUUGGGGUGUCCUCUGCCGAGGCUUGGGUUAGUUACGGGGGCCCGCGGGCAGGUUCUCUCUCCUCACCAGCCUCAGUUUCCACCUCUGUGGAGUGGGUCCUGGGGCAGUCAUGGGAUGGAGUGGGUUCUGUGCCUGGCUGGCCUGGCAGGGGCAUGCAUGCCCAGGGGCGGGCACAGCUCCUUGUGUGGUCCUGGUGCCCCAAGCUCAGAACCCACCCGUAGCAUGGGCCUGGGAAAUCAGUAGCUGUCUCAUUCUGUCACCUGGGAAAUGACUGCUUGUCCUGCGUCACUUGAUCAUCUCUGAGGGGACAGCAGGUGGAUUGGUUCUAUCCUAACCCUGGUGAGGCCCUGGACGAGCCUCCCUGUGACACCAGGUCCACCAGGGCCUGGACUCAGCCCCCGUGCCAGAGAGCAGCUUGGUGAGACUCCCAGUUGCGGAGCGCACACUGGGGACCUGCCUGGCAGUGCCCAGGGCAGAUGUGGGUGGAUUUGUGGGUACAGAGGAGCCUUCCUUACCUGCCCAGGAGCCCAUGGACUCUCACACUGAUGAGUCUCCGUUCUGGGGAAGGUUGUGUUUCUCUGGCCAUGAGCAAGUUGACCGUAGUGUCUGCGGCUCCCUAGGCAGGCUGGGGGCCUCCGGCCCGGAUCAGCCUGGCUGCUUCAUCCCUGGGAGCACAGACCUGAAUGUGGAGUCUGGAAGCUCCAAGCUCCCUGACCUUCAUUCCUCUGGCCUGGAAGGGGAGGGGAAAAGAGUCACAUGACCAGGGUUCCUCCUGCAUUGAGCCCCCAGACCCAAGAGCCUCAGUCCACCCUCCCCUCCCUUCCCUUCUCCUGCCCUGCCCUCCCCUCCCCUUCCCUCUCCUCCCCUCCCCUUCCCUCUCCUCCCCUCCCCUCUCCUCCCCUGCCCUGCCCUCCCUGCUCCUGGGGCCCUGCGAGGACCCUGUGGGUCAGGUUGGGGGACAUUGGUUAUCGCCCUCACGAUUGCUCUGAAUGUAAGAAAAACCUCCUGCGGGGACCGGGAACACGAGCCGGCCUGUGCUCCAGGGUGAGAAGAGGGGCCCCGAGUGCCUGGCCGCGGGCUCCAUCAUCAUGAACCGGGAGCUGGAGAGCAUGGCCAUGCGCCCGCUGGCCAAGGAGCUGACGCGCAGCCUGGAGGACGUGCGGGGCGCCCUCCGCGACCAGGCGCUGCGGGACCUGAACACCUACACGGAGAAGAUGAGGGAGGCGCUGAGGCACUUCGACGUCCUGUUCGCCGAGUUCGAGCUCAGCUACGUCUCGGCCAUGGUGCCCGUGAAGUCUCCCAGGGAGUACUAUGUGCAGCAGGAGGUCAUCGUGCUCUUCUGCGAGACGGUGGAGAGGGCCCUCGACUUCGGGUACCUGACCCAGGACAUGAUUGAUGACUAUGAGCCUGCCCUCAUGUUCAGCAUCCCCAGACUGGCCAUUGUGUGUGGCCUCGUGGUCUAUGCGGACGGACCCCUGAACUUGGACCGCAAGGCAGAAGACAUGUCCGAGCUGUUCCGGCCCUUCCACACGUUGCUGCGGAAAAUAAGGGAUUUGCUGCAGACACUGACAGAGGAGGAGCUGCACACGCUGGAACGGAACCUCUGCAUUUCCCAAGACGUGGAGUUCCCCAUCCGCGCAGACGUGCAGGGACCCGCUGCGCUGACUCCUGCCCUCUCUGCCCCUCUCCCUCCUGAGGGGCCACUCUCAGUCAAGGCCAAAGACCCGGACACAGAGCUGGCCUGCUCCAUGCAGUAUGAUGACCAGGAGCUGGAGCAGCUCAGCCGCAUGGUCCACAGAGCGGGGGACGAGAUGUCCUCUCUGCUGUCACCGCCCAGUGCCUGCCAGUCCCCCGCGCACAGGCCAGGAGCGGAGGGCAGCCCAGGCAGGGAGGCCUCUCCACGCAGAGCGCGCCUGCGGUCGGGCAGUGACGAGGAGGAGCGCGUGUUCUUCAUGGAUGACGUGGAGGGGACAGCAGAAGCCCUGGCCAGGCCGGAGUCCCCAGGUGGCCCAUUUGGGUGGGCAGGCAGUACUCGGGCCGACCCCCAGGAGAAAGGGCAGGGUGGGCCAGGAGGAGCAGCGGGGGUCAGCGUGCCCGCCUCGGAAAAGGAGGAGGACUUGAGCAAUAACAACAACCCCGAGGCCGAGGGCACAGGCGGGGCCAGCCUCGCAGGCACCAGCUCCUGCAGCUGCCUGGACUCACGGCUGCACCUGGACGGCUGGGAGGUGGGUGCGGACGACGCAGAGACGGCCGAGAUGAUCGCCCACCGAACAGGGGGCAUGAAGCUCUCAGCCACGGUCAUCUUCAACCCCAAAUCUCCCACUUCCCCGGACUCUGCUGUCGCCACCCAGGAGGCCGCCUCGGAGCCUGUGGCCGAGGGGAUGGAUAGCGGCCCCCACAAGCUUAGCACUGCGGCCACCAACUGCCUCUUGCAUUCCUGCGUGUGCUGUGGGAGCUGUGGGGACAGCAGGGAGGAUGUGGUGGAGCGUCUGCAGGAGAAGUGCAGCCCGGGAGGGGUCAUUGGCGCCUCGUACGCUGCCAACUUAGCCAAGGCCAGCGACAGAGCCGCUGAGAGACAGGACAAGGCGCCCCCGCCCUCAGAAGAUGCCUCCGACGGGCGGGAGCCCAAAGCCCCCACUUCCAACAAGUGCCUGCCUCACACCUCAGGUUCCCAGGUGGACACAGCGAGUGGGCUGCAAGGAGAGGCCGGGGUUGCAGGUCAGCAGGAACCAGAGGUCAGAGAGCUGGAUGCCGGGAGCCCCUCGGCUCAUGAGGCACCUCAGCCCCUGUCGGGCUCCAGCAGCUCCGCGCCUGGGUCCUGCUCCUCAGACAAGACGGGGCCAGAGGUGGCCCCAGCAGCCAUGCAUGUCGCUCCACAGGCCACAAGAGAGAAGAUCCGGUCCAGGUUCCACGGCAGCCACGACCUCAUCCACCGCCUGUUCGUCUGCAUUUCAGGUGUGGCUGACCAGCUACAGACAAACUAUGCCAGUGACCUGAGAAGUAUUCUUAAAACACUGUUUGAGGUCAUGGCCACCAAACCCGAAACAGACAACAAGGAAAAGUUAAGGAAGGUCACCCAGACUCUGCGGAGUGCGGCCUUGGAGGACUGUGCACUGUGCCAGGAGACCCUGUCAUCCUCUGAACUGGCAGCCAAGACCCGCGACGGGGACUUCGAAGACCCCCCGGAGUGGGUGCCAGAUGAGGCCUGUGGCUUCUGCAUGGCGUGCAAAGCGCCCUUCACCGUCAUCCGCCGGAAGCACCACUGCCGCAGCUGCGGGAAGAUCUUCUGCUCGCGCUGCUCCUCGCACUCAGCACCACUGCCCCGCUACGGGCAGGUGAAGCCGGUCCGAGUGUGCACCCACUGCUACAUGUUCCACGUCACGCCCUUCUACAGCGACAAGGCCGGCCUGUGACGUGGCGCCAGGGGCAGCCCCAACCCACCCGGGCCACGCUGCAGGCGAUCUCACUGAGUCUCAUGAGGCUGCUGCCCCUGCUGCUGCAGGGCGGCCCGGACCUCUAGAACAUCCAGAGCCUCUGUCUCGCCCAUCCUGGCCUCCCCGCAGGGACCCCGGGCCAGCUGCAGGGGCCAACAGGAGGUCAGCUUUGCCCAGCAGGGGACCCGGAGGAGCCUGGUAGCUGCCUCAGGGCAGGGUGCCUGGCGGAGAAGGGGUGGGCCCUCCCACUGGUCCCUUGGAGCUCCGCUGGGACUAUGGGAAUCGGGGUGGGUGACAGAGCUGUACAAGAGUGGGGCCACUCUGCCGCCUCUGCUGUUGUGGUGAAUCUGGAAGCCAGAGCAAGGGCCACUCCACAGCCUCUGUGGCACAGCAGGGCUCCCCAUGUGCCUCCCAAACCCAAAAUGCAGGCUGCCCAUUCUCCCCAACAGCUGCCCACCUCGUUCCCCAGCCCUCACCCCUCACCAUCCUUCCUCAGGACUUGACAACAUGCAUCUCAUUUCUUCUUGGAGUGGGGAGAUGCGGGAAGCUGACCUAGUGGUCCUCUAAGCGAGCAGGGUGCUCCUGGUGUCUGCUCACCACUGUCCCCCUGCUGAUGGCGUGGGGGUCUGAUCAGGCACUGACACCGCAGGGAGACGUUGCUCGGGGCCUUGGGUCGGGCUUACCAGUCAGCCAAGACGCCUGGGGCCGCCAGCUCAGCCACCACUUCCCCUUCCCUCUGCACCCUCUGGAACCCUGGCCCAAUUCCUCAGACCCCAAAGUGGCCUGGGACCCAAGCUGCCGCAGCUGAGUCGCCCCAGCAGACACCUCCUCAGGCUUAAAUCUCAGGCUUCACAUUGCAAUGACGAUUGCAGUUUUAUUUUUGGAGAUGACACACCUACUGCUUCUUUUCUAGGAUAAAAUCUAAUUACUAUUUACCGGUGGAGUACACAUGCAUAGAAACGGCUUCUGUCGGGGGGAGAGUAUAUAAUGGAAGAAAUAUUAUGUACUGAGAUUAUAUUUAUUUUCUAAAUGCUGUAAUUUGAAGCCAUUUCCAUAAAUCUAUUUAAGGAUUGCACA